AUGCUGAUGAUGAAAUAUUGGUGAGAAAUGUGUUAAUUAGCUUUAUGGUGGUCUGUAGCCUACCAAUCUAGGAAUGGUCAUCUGAUAAGCACGCUGUGAUCAAUAUGGCAGAAAUAUAUGUAUUUUUGUCAGACUUGCUCUACUUGAAGUGGUGCAAACAUCUGUUUUGACACUAAAGAAAAUGCCUAAGUAAGAUAUCCAUCUUCUCAUGCAUGCUUUGAUUUAGUUCUGGAACAGUGAGCAACCCUGUAGCUCAGUUGGUAGAGCAUGGCGCUUGCAACGCCAGGGUUGUGGGUUCGUUUCCCACGGGGGGCCAGUAUGAAAAUGUAUGUACUCACUAACUGUAAGUCGCUCUGGAUAAGAGCGUCUGCUAAAUGACUAAAAUGUAACUAGUUGUUAUGCAACACAUCCUCCUUCAAGGGAAUCAAUACUGAUCAACGAGGUGGCUGCUUUGAUGUGUAAACUCAUCAUACCUGUUUAUUUAUUUUUUGUCUCUCCCUAGGUGUUUUAUAACAAAUAAGAUGGCUACGUCCUCCAGUGCAGAACUGAGUAAGGCUGUCAAACAGCAGUACAUGGAACUCCCUCAGGGAGACAAAGUCCAAGUCAUGUAUGUCUGGAUCGAUGGAACCGGAGAGGGACUCCGCUGCAAGACCAGAACAUUGGAUUCGGAGCCCAAGAGCAUUGAAGGUAAGCAACGACUGUUGGUUGACAUUUGACGUAAAGUUCCAGGAGAUUUAUGCAUAUGUAUUGUUUUGUAGCCUAGCCUACCUAGUUGUUUCAAGUGACUUGAGUAAACUCACUCUUUCUGUGGCUUGAUUCUGUAGAACUGCCGGAAUGGAACUUUGAUGGCUCCAGCACCUACCAGUCUGAGGGCUCAAACAGUGAUAUGCAUUUGAUUCCUUCUGCAAUGUUCAGAGAUCCUUUCCGCAAAGACCCCAACAAACUGGUCCUGUGUGAAGUGCUGAAGUACAACCGCAAACCUGCAGGUAAUUUUUGGUGUACAUCGGUCUUGCUAAGCUUUUUUUAUUUCAUAUAUUUUUAUUUCAGUGUCUAAUAUAGGUAAGUUCUUUGCACAGAAACCAACCUACGUUUGACGUGUAAGAAAGUCAUGGACAUGGUUGAGAACCAGGUCCCUUGGUUUGGCAUGGAGCAAGAGUACACCAUUUUGGGCACUGAUGGACACCCAUUCGGCUGGCCCAACAACGGCUUUCCUGGCCCACAAGGUAAAGACUGUUCUUAGUGGUCUUUGACUGGCCAUGUAAAAUUCCUCCUCAGAUGCAUUAGUUUGAAUGUGAUGGGUACUAUUCUUGAUCUAACCCUGUUCUUAUGUGUACAGGUCCCUAUUACUGUGGAGUGGGAGCUGACAAGGCUUACGGUAGAGAUAUUGUGGAAGCCCACUACAGAGCCUGCCUGUAUGCUGGGGUCAUGAUCUGUGGCACCAAUGCUGAAGUCAUGCCUGCACAGGUAAGAACAAUAUCUUUAUGUUUUGACUUAGUCUAAUGGCUGAUCCUAUGCAAUGACAGACUUACCAGCAACUGACUGAUGUACUCAAACUCUGGUUUGUCUUUCUAGUGGGAGUUCCAGGUUGGCCCUUGUGAAGGCAUCAGCAUGGGUGAUCACCUCUGGGCAGCUAGGUUCAUUCUCCACCGGGUGUGUGAGGACUUUGGCGUGGUGGCCUCAUUUGACCCCAAGCCCAUCCCUGGAAACUGGAACGGCGCUGGCUGCCACACCAAUUUCAGCACAAAGGAGAUGAGGGAAGAGGGCGGGUUGACGUGAGUACUGGAUCAUAUCAAGAUGCAUUCAUACUAGGUUUAAUCAUUAGUCCCGAGUGGCGCAGUGGUCUAAGGCACUGCAUCGCAGUGCUAGCUGUGCCACUAGAGAUCCUGGUUCGAAUCCAGGCUCUGUCGUAGCCGGCCGCGACCGGUAGACCCAUGGGGCGGCGCGCAAUUGGUCCAGGGUAGGGGAGGGAAUGGCCGGCAGGGAUGUAGCUCAGUUGGUAGAGCAUGGCAUUUGCAACGCCAGGGUUGUGGGUUUGUUUUCCACGGGGGGCCGGUAUUAAAAAAAUAAUAAUGUAUGCACUAACUGUAAGUUGCUCUUGAUAAGAGCAUCUGCUAAAUGACUAAAAUGUAAUGUAAAUGUAGUCUUAUUUAUUCAAUUGCAUUUGGAUGUUGAGUAAAGCCAGACUUAUUAGAAUGCUCUUCAGGCAAAGCAGAUGGUGUUGACCACCUGUGAGCUUUUCUGUGAUUAACUAAUCUCUUUCUCUCUGCUCCAGGGCCAUUGAGGAGUCCAUUGAAAGGCUGGGGAAGAGGCAUAGCUACCACAUCCGCGCCUACGACCCUAAAGGGGGGCUUGACAACGCCCGUCGCCUCACCGGACACCAUGAAACCUCCAACAUCCACGAGUUCUCUGCCGGCGUGGCCAACCGCGGCGCCAGCAUCCGCAUCCCUCGCACCGUGGGCCAGGAGAAGAAGGGAUACUUCGAGGACCGCCGCCCGUCUGCCAACUGUGACCCGUACGCCGUGACUGAGGCUAUGAUCCGCACCUGUUUGCUCAGCGAGGAGGGAGACGAACCUGUGGACUACUAGAUCUAACUAGAUCCACAGCCCUCUGGACUGAAUCCCCUUCGCCUCCACCCCUCUCCUUUCUAAAUGGCUGAAAAGUCAAACUAGUACUGUAUUUGUCAUUAUUUUUAACUGAAAUUAUUCUAACCUUGUAUUUCUAAAUAGUGUGAAGUUGGCUGGUCAACUUAACAUGGAAUUAAAUCUGGUGGUUAACAUAUGAAAUGUUUUAAAAAGAUGGUGGCUGAAAGGGCAUUGUCUUUCCCCUCUCAUUUGAGUGUUUUCUAGUGGGGAGUAUUAUGUAACAUAACUGUCUUUUAAAUCCCCAUUUGAUCUCGCUUUCCCUGCCGUCUGUCGAACUGAAAUAAACUAAAGCACAUGUGGACACUGAAGACUAUGGCUGGGCGGCAUGUGUAAUUUUCUUA